UGAAGCUGUUGAUGCUCUGAUUGCUCUUUGCAGCUCAGCUGAACAUCGGCAACGUUCUGCCCGUUGGCACCAUGCCGGAAGGCACCAUCGUCUGCUGCCUGGAGGAGAAGCCUGGUGACCGUGGGAAGCUGGCCCGUGCUUCUGGAAACUACGCCACUGUCAUCUCCCAUAACCCUGAAACGAAGAAAACCCGAGUGAAGCUGCCUUCUGGCUCCAAGAAGGUGAUUUCUUCUGCAAACAGAGCUGUUGUCGGCAUCGUGGCUGGCGGCGGCCGUAUUGACAAGCCCAUCCUGAAGGCAGGCCGUGCCUACCACAAGUACAAGGCAAAGAGGAACUGCUGGCCGCGUGUCCGUGGUGUGGCCAUGAACCCUGUAGAACAUCCCUUCGGUGGCGGUAACCACCAGCACAUCGGCAAGCCUUCCACCAUCCGGAGAGAUGCUCCCGCUGGGCGCAAAGUUGGUCUCAUCGCUGCCCGUCGCACAGGUCGGCUGCGUGGAACAAAGACGGUGCAGGAAAAGGAGAACUGAAGGCCCAGCGUGGCGUUUGUGGAAUAAAUCUUUACAACAG